AUGACCCACAAGUGGAGUGAGAAAAUCCGUAUAAAUCUAGAAGCUCUCUUUCGCUUGGACUACGGAAGGAAAGGCAUUGGUGAGAGCGAUAUGGCUGCUGCAAAUGCUGGACAGAUUAACCAUGCACAGCCUGGCCCCAUUGACACGUCAGUGUUGACGUUGCAGCCCAACCAUCGAUCAGAAGCCAUUUGGAAUGGGCAGGAUCCAGGGUCCCUUAAAUGUCGUGCCCGUAGUGAAGAGUUCUCGAAUCGAGAGCCAAUGGUGGACGAUCGAGUCAUUGACAUCAUUAAGGCACUUGGUUUGGAGGGACUUCUCAAGACUCCGGGUAGAGAGAUUGAUCAUGGCCUGAUAACGGCCUUAGUGGAGCGAUGGCGGCCCGAGACUCACACAUUCCACAUGCCGCAUGGUGAGGUCACCAUCACACUGCAGGAUGUGGAGGUUCUUCUUGGACUUCCUGUUGAUGGUGACGCUGUAACAGGGAGCACACAAAAAGAAUGGGAGAAUGUGUGCGAUGAGUACCUUGGCUUUCGACCUACCAAUGAAGACCAUCUGGAACGUGCUGGCCAAAGGAUUCUCAUCAAACGGCUUUUGGAGCAAGUUGCCCAUCCACUGCCGCCUAAUGCUGAAGACGAUGAAGUGCAUAGGUACGCACGAUGCUACAUCCUAGCGCUAUUGGGGGAUACAAUCUUCAUGGACAAAUCCGGUGAUAGGGUGCAUCUAAUGUGGGUGCAGCAGUUGGAAGACCUUCGCAACCCACGAAGGUAUAGUUGGGGAAGUGCUUGCCUUGCAUGGUUAUUUCCCUAUUUGUGCCCGGUAGUUGAGCGUGGCCCACCAGUGGGUGCUUAUGGUCCUCCAGUGCGUGGUCCACUGUCCCUUAAGUGGGUGUGGGUCCCAAACAAGAAAAAUAGGCCCGCCCAGGUCUUCAGGGACAGGUAUCGGGAGCAAAUAGCUUUAAUGUUGCCAAACCAGGUGGUGUGGCAGCCGUAUGAAGAUGAAUACGAGAACCUUCCGCUGUGGUGCGUUGCAGGGAGGGCAGUGUGGACGGCAAUCGUGCCGCUUGUAUGUUUCCAUCUAGUAGAGAAACAUACACCGGAUCGUGUCGUUCGGCAAUUUGGGAUGAUCCAAGAAAUUCCCCGCCAUGUUAACACGGACCCGGUGCUUCAUGCAAUUGAUUUGAGGGGGAAGAUCGGUGUUGAUUGGAUGCGGAGACAUGCUAUGCAUCUCACGGACUGGGGUCAUCGCCUUCAACGGCAUUGUCAAGCAGUGCUUGGUGAUAUGCCUCUACAGCACGAGUACUUCGAUUGGUUCACAAGGAUAACUCGAAGGUUUAUCGAUAUCCCUGGUGCUAGAUUCAUUCUAAUGAUUGAAGGAUAUGUCUGUGUGAUGCGCCGUCACCCAGUGGGCAUGGAGGAGCACAAUGACAUUAUUAAUGAGCUGGAGGCAGUGCAUGAGAUUGGGCGUGUACGACCUCGGGAACCUGAGGCCCCGAACGAGGAGGCAGCUACUCCUGUGGCAGCGCCUACUCAGAGGCCAAGCACUACUGAGAGCCCAAGCACGAGCACAGCUCCUGCCGGACGUUGCUCUCGUCCGCCUGUUGCUACCCCUCAGCCCCACCAUCCAUUCACCCACCUCACAUCCAUCCCCUACCCCCACCAUCCCUUUAGCCACUCCACAUGA